AUGCCAUCUGGUUUACUAUCAAAUCUGAAUACUGCUUUAAAUUUUGGUUUUAGAAGAGCUAUAGGGUUGCAACGCGCUGGGACUCAAAACUCAAUUAAAGCUCUGGUUGGAAAGGGUUGUGGGAAGUCUGUGGUUUGCUGUUCAUCUUCACUUUCAAAGUCUAUUUGGCGAAUGCAUUCCAAUCCUACUGUGCUUGGAUCAACUUACCGGGUUUUCGAGCAUACUAGCAGUACAAGUAACAGAAAGAUUAUGGCAGCGGGUUCCAAAGCUGCUUCAGGAGAUCUCAUUGUUGAUAACUUGAUACCAAGUUGUGGGAAUGUUCCAAGUUUUGCAAAAUCUACUGGGGUCUAUUUCCCCAGUACAAGUCUUCAUAUUUCUCAGAAGUUCAGCAUGAAUAUGAGAAAUAGAGAGUCAAACAAUGGCCAUACGGGUUUUGGGUAUUUUAUAUUUGAUACUACACGGGAGUCCUGCAAUUCUAAUCCACUUGUCAGCCCAUUUUCAAAAAAAUAUCAUACAUCUUCUUCAUUGUGUUACUCUGAUGGGGCUAUGCCUGAUUUGUCAUUUGAUGAAUUGUCACGUGAUGAAGAGCUUGCAAGUCUUGCAAUUUCAACUAACCAAAAAACUCUAGGUGAUAGAACCCUGAAACUUGUUUCUGGAUCAUGUUACCUGCCGCAUCCUGCCAAGGUAGAAACAGGUGGAGAGGAUGCUCACUUUAUUUGUAUAGAUAAGCAAGCAAUUGGUGUAGCAGAUGGAGUUGGGGGCUGGGCAGAUGUUGGCAUAAAUGCAGGAGAAUAUGCCCGUGAACUCAUGUCUAAUUCAGUGAACGCAAUUCAAGACGAGCCUACAGGUUCAAUUGAUCCAGCUCGGGUGUUGGAGAAAGCUCACUUAACCACAAAAGCUAAGGGUUCCUCAACUGCCUGCAUCAUAGCACUUGCAAACCAGGGUAUUCAUGCCAUUAAUCUGGGGGACAGUGGAUUUAUCGUUGUCAGAGAUGGAUGCACCAUCUUCCAAUCACCGGUGCAACAGCAUGGUUUCAAUUUUACAUAUCAACUAGAAAGUGGCAGUAGGGGUGAUCUACCUAGUUCUGGUCAGGUAUUCACAAUUCCUGUUGCUCUUGGAGAUGUUAUCAUUGCUGGCACAGAUGGAUUGUUUGACAACUUGUACAACAAUGAGAUAAAUGCCAUUAUUGUCGGUGCGGUAAGAGCAGGCUUUGGGCCGGAGGUGAUGGCUCAGAAGAUAGCAGCUUUGGCGCGCCAGAGAGCUCAGGACAGGAGCCGGCAGACACCAUUUUCUAUUGCCGCUCAAGAAGCUGGCUUCAGGUAUUAUGGUGGCAAAUUGGACGACAUUACUGUUGUUGUCUCUUAUAUUACUAGCUCAACAUACUCGUAA